AAAGCGAAAAGAAACAAAAAAGGAGGCGAGAUAGGCUACUUCCCAGUCCAAACUUUAUUUCCUUUUUUUUUAAGUUUAUGUGUUUUGAAAACAGGCCCGAUGGUUGCCAGUGGGUUGAGACGGAGACCGGAGGAGUGAGAUACAGCAUCCUGUAAACAGCAGGCCAUGCAUGUUGCACUGCGGCCACGCAGUUGUUGCCUGGUGCUCUGUCUGUGCCUGUCUUUAUCCACCCUGCUGCUACAGAGCCUCUGGGUGCCGAUUGAGAUGACCAGGGAUGAACCUGCUGGCAGGUCACCUGAGGAACAAGGUCAGCGUGGUCCUGGCUUUCGCAGGCUGGCUCUCCGCUUGGAGGCUUUGAACACUCAGGUGCAGAGGCUGAGCAGAGAGAGAGAUGUAACUCAGCUGACCAAAGAUGAUCUCAGUCUGUUACUACAGAGCUUUAGACAGGACCAGCAAGGCUUAGCCCGUUUGGUGGAGAAGGAGUUGAAGAGAGUGUCUCAGAGGCUUGACCAGCUCAGCCGUCAUCAACACCAUCACCAUCAGUCUCACACACCGUCUCCACAUGAUCACCUCAGAUUACACACAGGGCCCAAUGAGAGGUGUGAGGUGCCAAUGGACCCUGCAUAUCCGGUGUGUGCGGAGAAAGUGGAGUUCCUGCGGGCCCAUUGGCAGUCAGACCCCUGUUAUGCCUUUUAUGGAGUGGAUGGUACUACAUGCUCCAUACUGACAUACCUUAGCCAAAUAGAGGACUUUUGUCCCUCUCGUCUAGGAAGAAACCACUCUGCACUGCCAUGGCACCAGAAACCUCCCUCUCAUACACAGAAGGCUGAGAUACAUACAACUCUGAGCCCACUGUAUGAGGUCAUCAGCAACAGCAGUGGUCCCGCUGUAAACUUCAUCCGAUCCAGAGUGGAAAGGAUGUCUGAACGGUGGAUACAAGCUGCUCUGAGGAUGAGGCAGAGCAGCAACAGGACAGUCUCUACCCAAAUGAGGGUGCUGCUGUAUCCCGGGGCCCUGGCUGGGAGUGUUGGCCAGCAUUUUGAAGCCCUGGUGGAGAGAGGGGGUCCUCUAGGGGAGCUGGUCCAGUGGGCCGACCUCAGCGCCUGUCUCACAAUCCUGGGCCACAACUUAACCUUCAGCACCUCACAGCAACAACUCCACAGCCUGGUAGGUGCUGCGCCAGGGCGAGGCAGUUGUCCAAUCCAGAGGCCCCUGACCUUUGACCUCAUCUACACUGACUACCAUGGCCUUGCUCACCUUCAAGGCACCAUGGGACUGGCUUUCCUGCAUUACCAGUGUCUCUUCAGAAUCCUGGAUUCCUUUGGCACCGAACCAGCCUUUAACUUGGGGAGUUAUGCGCAUAGUCAUGGAUAUAAAACGCUGUGGGGCAGCUGGGGUCUGCAACCUCUGCAGUAUAUGACCAUGUUCCCCCAUACCCCUGAUAACUCCUUCCUGGGCUUUGUGAGUGAGGAGGCAGUGAGCGAGGAGGUAAGGGAGGAUGAGCUGGAGCCGGACACCUUCAGGAAAGACAGGAUAGCGGUUGUCUACGGCAAACAGGACUACAUGUGGCAGGGUAAAUCUGAGUAUGUUGAGGUGAUCAGUGAAGAGCUGGAGACCCACGCUACAGUCUACCAGCCUCCAGGUCACACCUCCAAUCUGCCCAGCUUCGUCAGAAACCACGGCCUGCUGACUCAGGAACGCUUCCUACGACUUCUCCGCAGAGCCAAGGUGUUUUUAGGUCUUGGGUUCCCCUACGAGGGUCCAGCUCCCAUUGAAGCAAUAGCCCUGGGCUGUGUCUUCCUUCAGCCACAAUUUGACCCCCCACACUCGUCAGACAACAAUGAUUUCUACAAAGGCAAGCCCACCACAAGAAAGAUCUCCUCCCAGCACCCUUAUGCUGAAAAAUUCAUCGGCAAACCCCACGUGUGGACUGUAGAUGUGACCAACAAGACUGAAGUACGGGAGGUGGUCAGAGCCAUUCAACGCACAGAGGUGAAGCCUUUCACUCCCCGAGAGUUCACCUGCGAAGGAAUGCUGGAGAGGGUUCACACAUAUAUUGCUCACCAGAAUUUUUGCAGUAAAUCCAUCCCUACUUGGCCCCCAGAAAGCACUCUAAGGGUGCACUUGGGUCCCCUGGGGCAGUCAUGCGUAAGCGUGUGUCGACGGUCCUCCCUUGUGUGUGAGCCUGCUUUGUUUCACCACCUGAACAGUCCUGCUGCGUUUAUCAGACUCAAGAUCGGCUGCUCCAGCAUGGAACAGGAAGUCAACCAUCUGUUUCCUUCCUACAGCCCGUGGGGCAGACGCUGCGGCCUUCAGCGGGAGCCUCUGCUGUUCAGUUGUGCCGGCUCUGACCCCUCUCACCGGAGACUGUGUCCCUGCAGAGCUCACGUACCUGGACAGGUGGCACUGUGCCCUGACUGCCUCUGAAUGACACUGUGAAAGAACUCAGGAAAUAGCAGGAGGAGAAGAGGAAAAAUGUGAUAUGAUGAAGGCAGCACCAAAGAGCUAUCUGCAUACUGUAUACAUAGGUAAAGAUUUGAUCUCGACCAAAGAGAGACGGCUGUCCUGCCAAUGCUUUUGAAAGCUUUGUUUGUAGAUCUCACACCAAUGGUGAAAAAUAGAGUAUCUGCACUCUAUUUUAUUAUCAUGUGCACAUUGAAAUGAGUUGAAAACCAACUGUCAGUGCCCCAGUAACUGAGUGAAGGAGUCAUCUCAAUCAGCAUCCCUGCCAUUUAGUUUUUCACAACAAUUUUAGUUAAUUUAUCACAAACACAUGAAGGUGUUCGUUCCUAUGGGAAUGGACCUUAGUGGUCGCUGAUUGAUAAGUGAAUAUAAGAGAAGUCGUGCCAAAUAGGUAAAGUUAGUUUAUAUGAAAAGUCAGAAUAUGACAGGGUGCAUCCACUUGUGGAUUUAUCUUUGUUGGUAUUUUUUCGUGACAGUCAUUACUCAGGAACCAAAACUGAAUGAGUACUUCACCCCUGAAGGACCAUUUGUAUGUCAGUUACUCACCUCGUAUUAAGCUGUAUUCAUGAACAGUGAACGAAGAAUCCAAAAACGUAAAGAAAAAUUCUUAAUUAACUGAAAGUUUUAGGGGUCCACAUUUGACAUCUGCAAAAUGGCACCAACCAUCCAUUUACAAACUCUCAGAAUGUGUGCAGUUUAAUCCAAGUCCAGGGAUGG